AGAACCGGCGCGGGUCCCGGGAGAGAGUGCUGCCGCCGGGCCGCUCGUCCCCGUCCGGGUGGAGGCCACGGUCAGGGCACGCGGCGAUGUGAGCCAUGAGCGCGACGUGGACGCUGUCCCCGGAGCCGCUGCCGCCGUCGACGGGGCCCCCGGUGGGCGCGGGCCUGGACGCGGAGCAGCGCACAGUGUUCGCCUUCGUGCUGUGCCUGCUCGUGGUGCUGGUGCUGCUGAUGGUGCGCUGCGUGCGCAUCCUGCUCGACCCCUACAGCCGCAUGCCCGCCUCGUCCUGGACUGACCACAAGGAGGCGCUCGAGCGUGGGCAGUUCGACUACGCGUUGGUGUGA